GACGUUGUGCGUUGACCCCAGUAAAGAUGGCGGGCGUGUCAGGGACCGAGCUGUCUCAAGAGAAAGAGACCGAAAUCGAGCUAAAGAAAAGACAGAAAAGACCUUGGGAGGAUUUUCACAUGUCGGGAAAAAUCGGAAUAACUCCAGAGCUGCCGGAGACGCUGGGGUUUUUCGACAUUAGUGCGGUGAAGAGGGAGCAGCAGGAGCUCUUAGCAGAUCCAUCGUUGACACGCUUCAUUUGUGCAGAACUCACCAGAGGCUACUUCCUGGAACACAAUGAAGCAAAGUACACAGAGCGCCGGGAGAGAGUAUAUACAUGCAUGCGUAUUCCCAAGGAGCUGGAGAAGCUGAUGAUCUUUGGCUUCUUCCUGUGUGCCGAUGCCUUCCUGUACAUCUUCACACUGCUGCCCCUCAGGGUGCUCCUAGCUCUGCUGCGCCUCCUCACCCUGCCAUGCUGUGGCUUCAGGGCACGCACAUGCCCCUACUGCAAAAGAAGCAGUGGGUCACGGCUGCUGCAGCCAGCACAAGUUUGUGACAUGCUGAAGGGCCUGAUCCUGGUGCUGUGCUUCUCCAUGAUGCACUAUGUGGAUUACUCCAUGAUGUACCACCUGAUCAGAGGACAGUCUGUCAUCAAACUCUACAUCAUCUACAACAUGUUGGAGGUUGCAGAUCGCCUCUUCUCAUCCUUUGGUCAGGACAUCCUGGAUGCUCUGUACUGGACAGCAACAGAACCCAAAGAACGGAAAAGAGACAGUAUAGGGGUCAUCCCCCACUUUUUAAUGGCUGUUUUUUAUGUCUUCCUUCAUUCCAUCCUCAUCAUGGUGCAAGCCUCCACUCUUAAUGUCGCCUUCAACUCACACAACAAGUCUCUGCUUACCAUCAUGAUGUCCAACAAUUUUGUGGAGAUCAAGGGAAGCGUCUUCAAGAAAUUUGAGAAGAACAAUUUAUUCCAAAUGUCUAACAGUGAUAUAAAAGAACGGUUUACAAGCUAUGUUCUCCUCCUCAUCGUCUGUCUCAGGAAUAUGGAGCAGUUUUCAUGGAAUCCAGACCACCUGUGGAUGCUCUUCCCUGAUGUUUUCAUGGUGGUCUUGUCUGAAGUUGCCGUUGACAUCAUUAAACAUGCAUUCAUCACCAAGUUCAACGACAUCACAGCAGAUGUAUACAGUGAAUACAGAGCCAGUUUGGCCUUCGAACUUGUCAGCAGUCGACAAAAGAAUGCCUACACUGACUACAGUGACUCAGUGGCCCGGAGGAUGGGCUUUAUACCUCUCCCGUUGGCUGUUCUGCUGAUCCGAGUGGUGAUGAGUUCUGUGAAGGUGCAGGGAGCCCUGUCAUACACAUGUGUGUUCCUCUUUUAUCUCGGGAUGGUUACACUGAAAGUUUUAAACAGUAUUGUGCUGCUGGGGAAAUCUUGUGUCUACGUCAAGAGAGCCAACAUGGAGGACAAACUGUUUGAGGGGCCACCGACCGGUCCAUCCUCCACUGCAAAGAGCCCCAGCAAAGCUGACCCACGUAAAUGUUCGAAAUCAUCAGGUGAAUCCAGCAUGGAUCAGAUUCCUGCCACACCCUGCAGCCCACCAACUUCCUCUUCGUCCUCUGUGACCACCCAGCCGACCCCCCGGGCUGACUUUUUUCCUCCCCCAUCCACUGAUCCCUCACCUGCGACAGCAGCCAGCUGUCCUUUGACUACAGAACCCCAGUCUGAUGUUGAUCCACCAACAGCCUCACCUUUAAAGGAACAGGAGGCAGAUGAAGCCUCAGAAACGAACCACAGAGCUCCCAAAAAUGACCUACUGGAGAUCGACCGCUUCACGAUCUGUGGCAACCGAAUCGACUGACCAGCGGGAGCCACAGAUGUAGCAAAUAACCACUCAGGUAUAACGGAGAGCGGAGGCUCUCACCCAGGCCCCGUCAGCUGAAAGCAGAAGAGUAUUUAUUGGCAAUACAUAAGUUAUUGUUAACAGGGAAACAGUGUCAGACGAUUCUGCUGUGGUUGAUGCCUCAAUUUGAGAACUUUCCCAAAAAAGCUUCAGGUGUCUGAUAAACAGCAGGAGACAAAGUGUGAGUGUGGCUUCCAAGUUGUUGGGAUGAUCUGCCAAGUGUGUGUGUGUGAGUGUGAGUGAAAGAAAGCGACAGCAUAUGUGUGAGUGUGACAGCACACAAGCACUUCCUGAGUGAGCAGCUGUGGGACCAGAAGGAGAGAAAUGUUGCUCAGCAGCCAGAAAACAAGUUAAAAAAGCUGGUUUUAAAGCGAGCGCCAGAAUUGUUUCGUUUUCUACAAGAAAACCUAUGCUGAAGAAUCAUCAUUAUAUUGGCUUUUAAUAAUUAGUAAUUCUUCCAGGCAUUUAAGUUGAAGUCAUUCAGGGACUUUGAAACAGGAAAGCAAUCUUCUGCACAUAUCUGCCAGUGUCUUCUUUGUUUUAUUGUGAAUAAUAAAAAAUCUAAAGAAAAUCUAUGAACCAAACAUGAACCAUCAAACAUGACCUUAUGUAGGUCUUUUUUAUUUGUUGAAAUCAAAGUGAAGCAUAAUUGGGGAUGUCACAAACACCAUAACAAAAAAGCUUCUCCUUUCUUUUAAACGGUUGGCCUUAAGAAGAGCGUUUCGUUUACUCCACUAUUAGGUUUUUUUUAUUGACACCUUCACCAACAUACUGACCUUUCAUUAAAGAACCCCAUCUUGCUGAGGUGGAGGAUGAAGCAGGUCACAUCUGCACAUUGUCUUAAGUUGCCUCUCGCUUUUGACACGUGGUCCACGUACAUCACCACUUUUUAUAGACAAAGUGACCAAUCAAUCGAUGUUAUCUUUAAAAUCUCGAUACUCAUUAAGACAGGACACGGCUGAACAGGGUGUGUAUUUUUAUUUCUUCUGGUCUCGAAUAUUUGCACUGAUGGACCAUAGCGUAUUUAUAUCCAGUCGUGUUUCACAUUUAACUCAGCUGAUGUUUUCACAGGAACCGAGUAGAAAGAUAGAAGCAAUAUUUCCACAACAGAAUGCCUUUUUUUGCAUGUGUGCUUUAAAACUGGUGAUUUGAAUGACAAGAAGUUUUUGUAAAGUUUUUUUAUUGUGAUAAAAAUAUCUAUAUAUAUAGAAACAGUAUAUAAAAACUGUUUAUUCAUAAUUAACUGCAAGAACAAUAUAAAAAUUCAGAAAUUGUUGAUAGAAAACCAAGCAAAGCCCUUCAUUUCAGUCAAGCUAAAUUUCAGAAGAACUGUUGACAUGUAAAACAGAAUCAGAUUUGUAGGAAUUCACUAUCUUCAUCGUUCAGUAAUUCUAGAAACAAUAAAGCUACUUGGAACAAGGAAAUACAGUCAAAUAUUCAAUAUUAUUUUAUGUUUUUUGUAAUGUUUACGAACAUUGGCAUCUACUUCUACAGUUUAUUUUGGAGAAACUGUUUCUUUACAUUGUCCUUUACCGGUAUGAUAAGGAAUAUGGUUCUGUUUGGGGAACUGUAUAUUAAUACAAAUUUUUGCGUGUGAAAUGUGAUUCCUCAAACCAUUGCAUGGUUCUAACAGAUGGUCGGAAUUCCCCCUUGUUUUGUUUGGUGUCGUCCGAACUCUUUGCUUUGUUACCAGUGAAAAGCAGCAGAACCACAUGCGGGCCAAAGCUGAGAUCAACAGAACCGAUGAAGUUGAGUGUUUUUAUGUCCAGUACACUGCCUGCUCUGUUCAUCUGUUUGGAUUUAUAUUUAAUUCAUACCUUGAUAAUGUAUGAAAAUUGCCUUUUUGAAGUAAUAAAACUUUUUUCUUUUUUUUUUUCAAAUGGUAAAUGCAAAAGUUUCUUUUAAAUAACGCUAACGAAGAGGAUGUCUUUGAACAAUAGCUUUCCUGUAGCUGUAGCUCUAAAACAGAAAAAAAAAACUGUUCAAAUAAACCCAGCCCUAUUUGAAAAUAUAAUUGGCCACCUUGGUAAAUCAUGAAUAAACUAUGAUUUACCACAUUAUUUGGUUUAUUUUCACCAGCCAGCCUCCAAUACUGAAGGGUUUCUAAAACCAAGAGAUCACAUUUUAAAGCACAGCAGCGAGUCCAUCGCUGAAUGUCUGAAGAACCUAAAGGAAGGUUUCGGAUUGGCCUAGUCAAACUCUGGACUUAAAUCUGAUUGGGAUUGUGCGGCAUGAACAUGCCGUUCAUUCUGGAAACACACCUUUGAUGUGGCUCAACAAACUCUGGUGUGGUUUUAAGUUUUAAGGCAACUUUAUUCAGAAACAACAGAUUUUAUGUGAACCAUUUAUGGGUGUAACACAUUUCACUCAGUGAGCAGGAUCCUACUGGUGAUUAACAUUUGUUCUGUUUACUGGAUGUAAUGAAUAAACCAUGCCAAAGAUAACUAGGGGAUUAUCAGAAGAAACACUUUGACUGAAAAGUAUGUAUGUGAUAGUUUUGUAAAGAUCAAACAAUGAAAUACAAAGAAUCUUUUAAAAGAAA